GGCACUGGUGACGUCACCCGGGCUGCAAAGUAAAUGUGUGACGUGGAGAAGAAACGGAGAAACAAAGCUGCUGCUGCCGCCGCCGCCGCUGCUCGGACUGCUCUGGAUCAGCGUUUAUUUCUCCGCAAAGAAGAAAAGCGUCUAGCCUUCCAGUGUGAAUGCAGAGAACCGCGCAGUUCUCCUCUCCGCUCUCCCGGUUCAGCUAAACAGCUUCUCCGGUCGCUGAUGGUGUUUUCGCUAACGACCCAGCUGAGCUAGCCUGUUAGCCGCCUAACGACCCUGCUGAGAAACGCGACUCUCUCCUACACUUAGCUUAGUAACUUCAGCUGGUUCAACUGCUUUGCCACGUUGGCCGUGAGAUAAAAUGGGGCUGACCAUUUCAAGCGUCUUUUCUCGUCUUUUCGGCAAGAAGCAGAUGAGAAUUCUUAUGGUUGGUCUUGAUGCUGCUGGGAAAACUACAAUCUUGUACAAACUUAAACUUGGAGAAAUAGUCACAACAAUUCCAACCAUAGGCUUCAACGUUGAGACUGUCGAGUACAAGAACAUUUGCUUCACCGUUUGGGACGUGGGUGGCCAGGAUAAGAUCAGGCCUCUUUGGAGGCACUACUUCCAGAAUACGCAGGGUCUCAUCUUUGUUGUAGACAGCAACGAUCGCGAGCGUGCACAGGAAGCUGCUGAGGAGCUGCAGAAGAUGCUUCAGGAGGACGAGCUCAGAGAUGCGGUUCUACUCGUAUUUGCAAACAAACAAGACCUGCCCAAUGCCAUGCCCAUCAGUGAGAUGACAGACAAACUUGGUCUGCAGGCACUUAGGAGCAGAACUUGGUACGUUCAAGCAACCUGCGCCACUCAGGGAACAGGUUUGUAUGAAGGAUUGGAUUGGCUUUCUGAGCAGCUGUCCAAACGCUAAACAGCAACGAUUGGAUGACCAAGAGGUGUAUUUUAAUCAAGGACAUGACCAACAGAACUGACAGACACAUGGGACAUAUUGGAGUAUACCUGGUUACCAAAUUCACCACUGAGGCAAUUUUGACAGUGCUUUUCUGCAUUGGGUUGACCGAACUUGAACUUCCUCGAUCAUUUCUACCAGGCGUAUGUAACUGUGUGCCUGUUGUAGUUUAAUCUGGACUAACGAUUCGAAAGCUUGUAAGUUAGCUCAUCGUAAGGAGGCAACAGCUAAAGGGCAGAGGUACACACAAAGUGAUGGGUUCUCAGCUUGUUAGGUUCUUGCAUUUUGUCAAAGAUGGGAUCAUAUUUAUAUUUAAACAAACACACUUCUGCCCUGGCUUUGUUACUCAGUUUAUUAUUUUAUGUAGUCUUAAUAUUACAUUUGCAUGGCUUUUAAUCUGGACCAUUUCCGUUAAAGGAAUUUAGACACAGUCUUGUAGCA